GCAGCCCACUCUGCUACGACUGAGGAUGAUGGUGAGGCUGUCAAGGAUCCUGGGCCGAGACCUGGCCGGGCCGGGCAAGGGUCGGCCGAGAGUCAUUGACACCAGGCUCAAGUCCACAGUCAAGGGUCGCCAGGUGCGGCUCAUGAAGAAGAUGAGGACAGCUCUGGGCAAGAAGACCAAGCCCAAGAAGCCGAAGAAGUCUCUGGUGUGGGGGAAGGUGACGAUGGAGACGCCCAUCCGGCCCUCCUGGGACCUCACUCCUGAUGACUUAGAGGAGGCGGAGACGGAGCCAGAGGUGCAGAUCAACCUCAGCUGCAGGAGAGAGUACGUCCGCUCCAGCAAGGUGGUCUUCUGCUCCUCCAGCGGCCGCUACCAGCCCCUGGUGGACCGCGAGACUCUCCUCGACCUCCUCACACUGCCCUCCAGAGUACAGUUGAGGGAGGACGCCCACAGGCACCGGCGCUUCUACAGGCUCCCUCCCACCAGCCUAGAAGACCCAGAGCUGGAGGACGUGAUGCAGGACUCCCGCCUGGAGCUGGAGGAGCUGUACGGAGGUGUGGUGUCCAAGGAGGAGCUGGCCAGGAUAGACUCCCAGCCCAACCCCUUCAGCUUCAGCGAGCGCGUCUCCCAGACCACUAGACUCAUAGUCAAGGUAACCUCAGGCAACAUGCAGGCUUGGACACUGACACCCGCUGUUCCUCUCACAUUAAUGACGAUUGCGAGGGACCCCAUCGUGCUGAUAGGGACCCCUGAGCCGCCGUGUCGCCGGCUCCUCCACCACUUGGACCUGCCAGGCCUGGCCACCGUGGCCACCGUCCUCGAGAGGAUGGUCACUCAGAACAUUUACGACGACAUUGCUCAAGACUUGCGGUACUGGGAGGACGGGAGCGACGAGUUCCACCCGCUGCUCGGGUCACUGCUGCCGCUCUGGAGGUUCCGGCCAGACCAGCAGUGUCGCCGCCUCACCCUCGCCGACGUCUCCUGGAGCCCCAUACACCCGGACAUCUUCGCCGCCGCCUACGCCUCAGGUACAAGCAGACACUGGUUGGAGAAUUGGGCUUGUUGGAAAAAAACGAAGAGGAUUGUGGUCCAAAUAGAUAAUGAUGAAUUGAUGACCUUGAAGGUUGGUCGACUGCUGGCGGCGGGCCGUACCGACGGCACGGUGAUGGUUUAUGACAUUGCCACUACCUCACCCACCUCCUCCUGCCUCGUCCACUCUCACACAGACAACGGCAAGCAUCUCCUCUCCGUCACCCAGGUAAUGCUCUCCGUCACCCAGGUAAUACUCUCCGUCACCCAGGUAAUACUCUCCAUCACCCAGGUAAUGCUCUCCGUCACCCAGGUAAUACUCUCCGUCACCCUGGUAAUGCUCUCCGUCACCCAGGUAAUGCUCUCCGUCACCCAGGUAAUACUCUCCGUCACCCUGGUAAUGCUCUCCGUCACCCAGGUAAUGCUCUCCGUCACCCUGGUAAUGCUCUCUGUCACCCAGGUAAUACUCUCCGUCACCCAGGUAAUACUCUCCGUCACCCUGGUAAUGCUCUCCGUCACCCAGGUAAUACUCUCCGUCACCCUGGUAAUGCUCUCCGUCACCCAGGUAAUACUCUCCGUCACCCUGGUAAUGCUCUCCGUCACCCAGGUAAUACUCUCCGUCACCCUGGUAAUGCUCUCCGUCACCCAGGUAAUACUCUCCGUCACCCUGGUAAUGCUCUCCGUCACCCAGCUGCAAGAUACGUCCCUCGUACUGCCGGAGAAAGUCACGGUACGCCUCUCCUCCCACAAACUUGAUAGCCACAUGGUGAGCAGUUACCAGCUCAACACCGUAGAUUUCCAUGACCGGGAUAUGGAGCAUGUCACACAUGACCAUCUCCACGACAGGGUAUCCCGCACAACCAGUUUGGCCACAAUCAUAGCCUUCCGUCCGGGUGACGAGAGUGUGUUCCUGCUGGGGAUGGACACCGGAGCAGUGUUCCAGUGUUCCCUCAUCGGGCUGACUCACUCCCUCACCUGCUACCCGGCACACACCUCAGCUGUCAGGAGCGUCUCAUGGAACACUCACCAUACAAGCAUCUUCCUCACUUGCUCCCUGGACUGGACAGUCAAGGUCUGGCUUCAGCACUCACUGUCGCCGCUGGUGACGCUGGACCUGGGGGUGGGGGUCGCUGGGGCGGCCUGGUCCCCCUACACCAGCACGGUGCUGGUGGCGGUGACGGAGGAGUGUCGGGUCCACGUCUACGACCUCUUCCUCCGUCAGUGUCGUCCACUCUGUCUCCAGAACCUGUCCCAGCGCCGGCGAGUCUCCGCUUCCUGUCUCGCCUUCAGCCCCUUCUACCCCGUCGUGUCCGUCGGCGGUGACAGAAUAAAAGGUCUGUCAGUCUGGUCAAAGUAG